AUGAAUUUUGAGGGCAUACCUAGUAUGCUACAACAAGUUAGUAGUCGAUUUUUGAUUACAGCAAGUGCAAUAUCAGUUGGAGCAUAUCUUUUUUAUAUUAUUAGAAAAUAUUAUAUUUAUUCUUUUAAAAAAAUAUUGAAAAAAGAAAAUGAUUUAUUUACAAAUAAUGAAUUGUUAAGUAAUUAUUUGGAUUCUAAUGAUGUGUCAACUGCGUCUUUACCUUUCAAUAAUUCAGAAAUAUAUAAUGGUGAAAUAGAGGAAGAGAAAGAUUUAUUAUCUUUAUCAUACAUACCACUACAUCCAACAUCGUUCCAAAAUGAUGGUAAUUUAUUCUCAUUAAGUACUACACAACAUUAUACAAUAUAUGACGAGGAUUACAGUAAAAAUGAAUAUAAUUCUGAUAAAGAUUCAACAUGUUCAAAUUUUUCAUGUGAAACUGCUGUUGGUUUUAAAACUCCAUUUUAA